AGUAAAGAGCGUCGAUGCAGUCGGUUCGUUUCGUUCGCCGUGGAAAGAAACAGAUCAGCAUAGUGGAGUGUUUUCGAAGUACUCUUCGGACUUCUAGGAACGGACCAGCCUACUGCAGAAAGGCGUUUCCAGAACAAAAAUGAUUGUGCGUUCAGCUAGUCCGGGGCGAAAGUGUACCGCAUCUACUGGACAACGCUGACCCCGGCCGCUGAUAGCUCGUUGAUAAUCGUGCAUUGCGCGGUGCUGUGAUUGCAAUUCGUAAUAGACAAAGAUUGGCUCUUCUUCGUACACUUGUUGCGUACUGUGCAGUGCAUUGAAAACCCGUGCGGAUCAGAAAACGUGUAAAAAGUGCAGUGGUCCAAUAUUUCAUACCAUAUCGUGUUAAAAAGUGCGGUGGCUAACGUGUAGCGUGGAGAAAAAAGAAAAGCAGAUUCUAGGAAGAGACGAAAUCCUCCAACUUUGAACUACAGUUCCCCGAAGCGACGUAAAACUGUUUCUCGGAAAUUGACAGCAGUCACACGGGCGAUAGCACGCACACACGCACACACACGAUUCGGCGUGCGUUCGUCGGGCGUGUUUUGGAUGUGUUGGGCAUAAGCAAAGACGCUUUGCGGUGCGAAGCGUGGAACAAAACAUAAUACAGAAAGGUGUUACACUACUACAGAAUACAGUCACCAUGAAUCGGGCCGGUGUUGUUACAUUAAUCUGUUGGAUAUGUAGUUUGAGUCAAGCUGCGGCGAUAGGAUGGAUUUACCCAUACGAAGCUUUCUAUCGAGAGGUGAACGAAUCUUUCUCUUUGAAAUGUACGCUGGAUAUGCGUUCUUCAGAUACGCGCGGGCUAAACAGCAGCAAUCUAAUGUUUUACCGCGGCGAUGAGCCAGUUCCGCGCGAACAAGUGAAGAUACUGAACGCUUCGACGAUUGAAUUUACGGUGGAUCGAGCAGUGCCACAGACGAACUAUGCUUACACAUGCAAAGUCAACGAUACGAAGGGUGUGGGGAUGCGCAGCGUCUACAUCGGUCACAAGCCGCGAGAGGUCAAGGACUUCAAGUGCCGCGCCCCGCUCUGGGAAAAGCAUAUGGAGUGCACCUUCACUCCGGAUCCGAAUACGAUUGGGACAGAAUACACCUUGAUGUUUCACUUUUUCCCACUGAUACAAAAGUAUUCCUGCACACUGGAGAACGUUCACAACUCGAAUCAGAAAAGGUGCAUUAUUGACGGCAAUUCGGGGUACCGGAAUCUCAACGAGUAUUACUAUUUUGUACUGACCGCAAACAAUACGUUUGGCACGCUGAGCCAAAAAUUCAAAAUCAACCAAUUCGAUGUGGUGAUUGCUCAUGCCCCUCUCGAAUGUACGAUUGAAAACAUUACGUCGGACAGCGCGGUUCUGAAAUGGAAAAAGUGGUACCGAUACGACAUUUUCACGUUUCGAUCAUUCAUAUGCGAAAUCAAGCUGCUGUCCAUCUUCGACAACAACGUAUGGCGCACGGUAAGCAUCGAUGGGUUGAAGCUGAACCAGCGGAACUACACAUUGCCCCUGCGGCAUCUGCCCUACGCUGCGGCAGCGUACGACGUACGCAUCCGAAUGCGCGUCAACUCGACCGAGCAAGGUGAGGAUAUGUGGUCAAAUCAUACCAGCUGCCUGUUUGAAACGCUGCCCCGCAAACCGGAUAUGCCGCCGGAUGUGGCGGUCGGUGGCUUUGAGAAUUCCAACGAACAUCAUCUGUUCGUUUACUGGCGUGAGUUGGACAACUGGCAACACAAUGCACGCAGCGGGUUCUACUACACGAUCACGAUGCGGAUCGGGCACGAUGGCAGAAUCAUUGAACACCUGAACGCAACUACGGGCAUGAUUGACCGACAUCGCGUGGCGGACAUGGAUUACACGUUCACGAUACGCAGUGCCAAUGCAGAGGGCAGUUCGGAACGUAGCAGCACAGUGUUUGUUCCCAGCCGACAGAACCGACUAGCAAAACCCAUCAUCGACAAGCUGCUGUCCGAUUCGGGCAAAUUUACACUGUCCUGGAAGCCGCCCUCCAGCAUCCGUUCGGCCAUCUCCAGCUACACGGUGUUCUGGUGCAAUACAACUAGCAACUCGCCGAACGAUUGCAAUGGGUCGAUCAAUUUUACAAGCGUAGCGCCGGACCAAACCACGUUCGUGCUGAACGAUGCUGGUUCAACGCUCAACUUUGCUGUAGCGGCCAAUUCGGGCCGUCUGUCAUCGGGGAUGGUAUGGGCCGCAUGCACGGCGACGCACAAAACAGACAUCGGAAAGCUGAAAACUAUUUGGAUCGCCGAAAUGCUUUCGUCGUACAUUACCUUGAAAUGGAAAACCGAGUGCGGCGAUGUGGCACACACCGGGUACAUCAUCUACUAUUGUCCGAUUUCGAGCCCUCGAACGCUAGGCUGCAAGGAACCGGAGCUGACGAUAAAUGUGACGGACAAGAAUCAACAUAACUGCCGGCUGGAAAAUCUUAAACCGUACGUGACGUACAAAAUUGAAAUCGCCAUGUACUCCGAGACGCACAUUGGACCACGCAGCGAACCGUUGGUAAAUACGACAAGGGAAGCAGCUCCAUCACCACCACGAAAUUUGGUCGUUCGUAAAAUAACGAACAACAGCAUAUCCUUGCACUGGGCGCCUCCGGAACAUAUCAAUGGAGGUAAGAUGAGCUACGAAAUCAACUACAACGGCCAUCCCUUGAAGUACAACGUGGAGGAACCGGAGGCUGAGGAGAAUCAGACGCUCGAGAAUUUGGAUGCAUUUACCGAGUACAACAUUACGGUACGUGCACUGACUAUCGGGUUUUCAAACGCCAGCCAACCUGUGCGCGUUCGCACCCUGGUCGGAAAUCCGCAAACGAUCGCCCAACCGAGCACCAACAGUUCGAACAAUUCGAAGCUUACCAUAACUUGGAAUCCACCCGCAAAACCGUCCGGCUGUGUAGAGUUUUACGAGCUGCGAGUGAAAGCCAAGCAGACCGUCACGUACCAGCAGCGUAGGACGGAGUGUCAGCUGCGUGAAGCCAUUUGCCAGAACCGGGAUAGUUCCAAGUACGAAUUUCUCGUCCGUGCAGUAAACGUGGACAUUGGCGGACCGGAUGAGGCUUCGUUUGAGGAACUAUCGUGUCCGGAUCGCUGGACCGAGUUGAACCGCAUGUGGUCCGAUCUGAAGCGCUAUGUAGCGCACGCCGAAUGUGGAACGUACGAAGCGAUAGCGGAACGUUCGUCGGAUUAUUCGUGGCUUGAUUCACCACCACCGAACGUACGGUUGCAUUACGGGCCAUGGUCCGAACCGUUGGCACACUGGUGUUCGAUGGAGAACAAGAACGCGGUACAACCGUUCAUGCUGAUAGGCGUCAUAAUGAUGUGUUCGCUGUUGGUGCUGGGCUAUUCGUACAUCCGAGUGAAGCAUGUACUGCAGGUGAAGGUGAUCAUUCCGGACGGUCUGAAUGACAUAACGGGGUCGGGCAAACCUGGAUUCAAUGCCGUGAUUGGACCAACCGGCAUCAUCUUUACCGAACAUCAUCGUGUCGAUCCCAUGCUAACGGGUGGCUCCACCAAGGAGGCGAGCUACACUAAGGAACAGAACCAGUGUCUCUUGCCGUCUUCUUCGUCGUCGGGUGGUAGCAUAGCGGACCUUAGCGGCCAUGACCAGCGCUCGUCGGCGGAUUAUUGCAGUAACAGUGGGUGCUGCGAGGACGACAGUACUAGCUUUUAUGACCAGGAAGCAGAACGUCAGGAUCUCCAUGGAUACAGCGACGAAACUACGGAAUCGAUAGAAAAUAGUCAGGCACACGAUAGGCACCUGGGCAGCACUGGCAGCAGUAGAUCAAAUGACAUCGUAGAACCAUCGUUUGGACGUAUGAACCAGGGCAAUAAUACAAGCUCACCGAUACAGCAAAACCGACCAUCGGCGAUGCCGCUCACCGUCACCUCUGGAUAUGUCCCGGCACCAGUGGUAGUCAGUAACAUCAAACAACCGAUCAAUUCAAAUGGAUAUUUGCAAAUAGGAGCUCUGACGACGAAUGGAGGAAGCAUGAUGGCGCCGAUGGACACGAUGCAAAAAGCUAUCAAUGCUAAGAUGGCGGCAGCAGCUCCAAUAUCAGGGUACGUGACACACAAGCAGCUCUCAGAUUAUGGACAACAUUUAAAAUAAAUCAUCCUGCAAUGAGUGACCGAUCGAGGGAAGAUCAUCCUUAGGCUAAUGGUAGUGUUAUAUGAUGCCCACAGCAGGGAAAAUGGAAUGAAUGGUAAACUUUCUGUGACAAACCAAGGUGUUAAUCUCCCUCCCUAUCCUCUGGAGACCAGAGCCAGUGUUGUUAUCCCGACAUGGUCCUACACAUGAUCCUGAACUGAACACACACACACACACACACACACACACACACACACACACACACUCACUCACUCACCACACAAGCGCUUACUCUUACCCGCACUGACACGAAAGCAGAAACUGAGAAAUAAUAUCAAAGGUGUUAAAUUGUCCAGUACACUAUGUCAUACACCGAGAUGAUAGGUGCGUUGGAAAACGAUAGUAUGUAUCCAUUUUAUCUACCGUAUCUCCAAUUUGUCCACGUUUUUUUAAUGUAUAAAAUCUUGUUACAAGAAUAACUGCUCUAUCAGUGAAACGUAGUAUCUGAUCAACGAAUAGGGUGGGUGCGGGCCGAGACUGAGAGGAUUAAUGUCCGACUUGGUCCCUGUUUUUCCUUUGCUCAAUGUGUGGACUGAUGAUGAUGCUGAUGUGAAUAUGUGAAGAAAGGAAUCCUAUUCGUACCUGUUGUAUGUGUUCUAUUGGACAGCAACCCAAGAUAGCCGACCGAGCUUAGUUUAGCGUUUAUUAACUAAACAUCCCUCCGCACACCGGACUUGACACAGGCGCGCGGUGGUGGUAAUGCGGUGCGCGCGCAAUCUGUUCCGUAUCCCAGAUAUAUUAUAUACGUAUAUGUGUGUAAUUGUGUACAUGUUAAAUGAUGAUACGAUGUUACUCACGUUCACGUUUUCAUGGCCUCCGACCCUUUCGUAUGGUAUCUCACGUCGUUCAUCAACCCCUCUCCUGGCUCGUUCACAACACACACACAAACAGAUCUUUUAGUUUAGAUUUUAGCCCCGUUAUUGUAAACAAUUAUAAAGUGUAAGAAAAAUAAAAUACCAUCCAAGGGACACGAUA